AUGCCUGUAAAAGUUGUUAAAAGUGAUCAACCAACAGUGCUAAUUGCACCUUCGGAUUAUGAGCAUAUUUUCAAAGGUGAUCCAGAUACGAAUCGUACAGCACAAAAAAUAAAUGAAGAGGUGAGUAAAGCAAAAAAGGUAUCAUCCGAUCAACCAACGAUUAUGAUCGCACCGUCAGAUUAUGAACACAUUUUUAAAGGAACACCCGUCACAACCGAAAGUAAAACAGCUCAACUUCGAAAGAUUGCCUCCGAAACUCCAACAAUAUUGAUUGCACCAUCGGAUUUUCAACAUAUCUAUUGUGACCCUACCUUGAAAAAAGAGGAUAAAACAAAAAAGAACAUACGACCGGAUGAUUCCAAAAAAAGAGAAAGUCAACAACGGAUACGACGUCAACAAGAACGUCCAAAAACAUCUAAUCAGCGACAACAACGGGAGCAUUAUACUCAACAGCAAGAAAUACUUCCACAAUCUAUUAUUCAAAUAAUCGAUAAAUUUAUUUCAAAACAGAAAAGGUCGUACACAAUACAGAAACCAAAAUCGUAUCGACAUCAAUAAAUUAAAUUUUGAUUAAAUUUUGAAAUAGUGUUUACUGAAAAUAAUAGAUGGUGUCAGGGUUCUACUUUUUAAUAAAUCAAAUAUUUUUCGGAGACUUUUUUUGGGAAAAAUUGA